CUCCCUCUUAAUUAAUGUUUCACACGUUCUUAUAAUCUCAUCUCCUAUGAUCUUCGCAUCGCUUUUUUUUGCUCCUUUUUGUUUUCUUCCCAAAGCCCAAAAAAAUGACAAAAAGAAAAAAGACGAAGAAAUUGAUUUUAUAAAAAACUCUUUCACGGGGAAACCAUAGCGGCAAAGCUUUGUUGGUCCUCAUGAAACCGGGAGGUCAAAUAACUUAUCACGAAAAUCAGAUUGUUCAACCAUUUGCUACCAUCGAUGGUGGUCAUGUCACGAUUAUUGUUCUGUUCUUCUUUUUUGCUACUGUUACGGCUCGUUGCCGCUCAAAGCGGCGGUUCUGAAGAAGGGUCAGGGUUCAAUCCAGCUACGGCUAUAGUCAUGAUCGUACUCGUCAGCGUUUUCUUCGUACUUGGAUGUAUCACCGUCUGCAUGCGGAGGUGUCUCGAGCAAGCUCUAGGGAUCGACGAUGGUCGAUCUGGUGACCCGGGAAACUGGCUUAACAUGAGACAGACGGCGCGUGGGCUCGACGAGUCUGUCAUAGAAACGUUUCCUACGUUUCGUUACUCCACCGUGAAGACGUUGAGAAUCGGCAAAGAAGCCUUGGAGUGUCCCGUUUGCCUCAAUGAGUUCGAGGACGAAGAAACGCUGCGUUUGAUUCCUCAAUGUUGUCAUGUGUUCCAUCCCGGUUGCAUUGAUGCCUGGCUACGCUCUAACGCCACGUGUCCACUCUGUCGCGCCAAUCUUGUUCCUGUACCGGGUGGGUCUGCUUCUUUCGAGAUACCCGGUCUAGCUAGAGAAACCGCUGAGGACUCUCUGGGAACGCCGACUGAUGAUAACCAGAUUUUGGGUUCUCCGGACAAGCGGUUGAUUGACUCAGUGGCUUCGUCAGGUAACCAGAGCAUGCCACGCAAAUCAAUGUCUACUGGGUGGAAAUUAGCCGGAUUAUUCAGCCAGUCAAGUCCGACCGGUCAAACGGGAGAGAAUUUUGACCGGUUCACGCUAAGAUUACCCCAAGAGAUGCACGAUCAGCUUGUGAACCAAAGAUCAAAAGGCCAUGUGGCGUUACCUCAAGCGAGGAGCUCGAUAAGAGGGUACAGAACCGGAAGCCUAGGUACCGAAAGAAACUAUUUCUACUUUGAAAGGUUCGAUCAAGACGGUCGGUUUGACCGAAGACCGUUCUCUAUAACACCUCCGUACCGAACCGGUCCGAUCCAGUCUCCUGAUGGCGGCGGUGGUAAUUACCAGGAGCCUGCUGGUCCACCAAAACGUUUGCUUCUAGCAAUAAGGUCACCGUUUGAUCGGUUAUUCACCGGAAAGAACAAUGCCGGUGAACGUUCGUACCUUCGAUCCGGCGAUGCGAGUCCUGUCUAGGCGGAAGUAAUAAAAUUGGGUUUCUUGAGAAAAGUGAGAUAAAAAAAAAAUGAAAAUAU